AUGCAUGAAGCGAAAGAGAGGCGAGUGGAGACUAGAAUGAAUGGAACUCCAAGCUCUGUGGACGGAGGAACCGAUCAGGAGGUUCACACUGCUAUGUCUCAUGCCCUAGUUCGCAAGGCCUCUGCUACUUCCAGUAUUGUUCCAAGUGAUUCAACCUUUGUUUUGGAAAGUCUUGUCAAAGAGCUGGAUGUUGCAACUCGACCAUUGCAGCUGAGGCUGAGCACAAUGACCGCCUUAGACACUCUAAUAUCCAGUCAAGAUGCCAAAAUGGAAAUCAUUACCAGCAAGCAAGACGUUCAAGUUGGAGUUGAGCUUUUAUUGUUGUGUAAAGCUGGGGGAGAAGGACAUAUAACAUGGCAAAAGGAUGACGAGGACAUUGAUGAAGAGAUGAUUACAAAAGUGGAUGAGUCCUCCUCUAAAUUGGUCAUCAAGAGUGCCACAGUGGAGGAUGCAGGAAGGUACACCUGCCAGUGUGAUUUUGACAGCGGCCACAAUGAUGAGGUUCAGACACGGAUUUUUGUUUAUGAGGGUCCGUCUUUUGAAACUACUCCCACCUACCAUGAGUUUUUGGAGGGCACAGAUGGAGCAGUGCCUUGCCGGGUGUCUGGCCAGCCAGCUGUGGAGGUCCGCUGGAUAUAUAGCACAGAAUCGAUGUCGUCUCAUGGAAGGAAUGUGCAACAGAUGCCUGAUAACACGCUCCUGUUUAAGAAAGUGAAGCGACAAGAUACCGGAACUUAUGUGUGCAAUGCCCAAAUCAAAGGAAGGCCUGUCUUUAAGCAACUUUCUAUAUCGGUGGUUGUCAAUGCUCCUCCAACUGUGCAUCUGAAAGAAGAGGUGAAAAAAGUCAUAGCUGGACCAGAAACCAAUGUUUCCUUGAUGUGUUUGGUUGACGGCCACCCGAAACCAAAUAUCACCUGGGACAUGCCAGCAUUAUAUGACCCUACACAUCAUACAUUCAACUCUGACAACAGCCAGUUGACCAUCAGGUCCGUUGUCAGAGAGGACUACGGGGAGUACAUCUGCACCGCAACCAACAAGAUCAGUGAAAGCAGUGCUACAGUUAUGCUUCAUGUCUUUGAGACCCCUGAAGUGUCAUUGACUGUAGAGCACUUGAAUAUUAGUGUGGGUGAGAGCGUGGCUGUGGCCUGCAAUGUUUCUGGCCUUCCUCAGCCUGAGCUGCACUGGAUCAACAAAUUCAAUGGACAUACAUUGGACUCGCCUUCUGGUCAUGUCCGUGUUGAGGGUGGAGUUUUAGUGAUCGACAAAAUAGUGCCUUCUGAUGGUGGUCUGUAUUCCUGCAUGGCUGUUGGCAGUAUUGGCAAUGCGUCAAGAGAUGUUGCAAUUCUCACCCAGCCUGGUCCACCACCCUAUCUGUCAGUCUCAUCUGGACCCGCAUCUAUCUUUUUCUCCCUUAAAACGCCACCCAUCAAUGGGGGAACACCAAUUACAAAUUUCAGCCUGCAGUGGCGACAAAAUGCAGCUGAGCAGUGGCAAGAGGUCACAGUGCCAGCUGCAGAUACCUUGGCUGUAACCUCCCUCAACCCCUACACAAUGUACACUGUACGUUUGGCUGCCUUGAAUGCAGUGGGACUGGGCCAAUUCUCAGACACGCACGACGUCCGUACCCAAGGGAUACGUGGUGAACCAGACAGCCCAGUUUUAUUGUGUGAUGAGAUGAAAGUAGGGGGCAACUCUUUUUUCAUCCCUCUUAGACAUGCUGAUAUCGGUGGGACGCCUCUCCUGCACUACAAUCUCCGAUAUCGAGAGGAUAAAGAUAGUGCCAAGUGGAAAGAGAAGCAGCUGUCAUCAAGCACUGACUCUGUCACCCUCAUAGACCUGACUUUCGGCUCUGAUUAUCAACUGGAAGUCAUAGCAGUUAAUGCUAAUGGUACAUCGCUUCCAGCAAAAUUCAACUUCACCAUUGCAGAGAAACCUGUGCGCAGCAGCUUGACAAAAGGCAGCGUGGUUGGGAUAGUCAUGGUGAUCUUCCUGGUGAUUUUCUUUGCGGUGGAUGUCACCUGCUGUUACAGAAACCGCUGUGGCCUGCUCAUGUCCAUCGCUGUAAAACUUUUUGGACAGAAAGUCCCAGGCCUCAAGGCGUUUGAAGAAGGAGAUGGGGGCAUUAAUGGGGAAGUUAAAAUGAAUGGGAUGUCCACUCCAAGAGGUAUCAGGCACCAUACAGGAGUUCAGACACUUUCCUCAAAGGAUGGGGGAAUACUCUCAGAAGUUACCAAUGACAAAGCAUCUCUCACUAAACAUGAAAAAACUCAACAAGACAGGAAUCUGCCUAGUGUAGAUGCAUGA